GAUCCGCCAAACAAAUGCAAAGAAGAACAACGUAAUUUCCUGUUUCUCAAACCCGUAGUUAUAGUGACACUUGAAUAGCAAAUAACUAUACUUUCUCCCACUUAUCCCUUUCCUCCCUAAAAUGUCUAAACUUCAGCAGCUCAAUGUGUUUCUUAACGAACAAUUAAAAGCAGUUCCUUUGGAGAUAUCUGUUGUAGUUAAAAAAACGAUCGCAGAGUACCAGGAAGAAAUAUCCCGUUUGGAACAGGCGAAUGCACGUCUACGAAGACUGCUGGAUUUGGUUUUCAAACCAGAGAUAAAGUUGCAUAGAUUAGCAGACCUCCAGCGGCUCACUGUCUCUGAAGAGAAGGUUAAUUCGGGGCAGCAGGAGUGGAGCUCCGAUCUGGGGCCAGUGGAGUCUGAUACCGAAGAGUCUACAUGGAACUCUUUCAACAUCGUAACGGUAGAGAACCAAAGAGAAUCUGAUGGCGACGGCAACAGAGAAUCUGAUGGCAACAGAGAGUCACUGGUUGAUUCUGAUUAUCAGCCCCCCUCUGAAGUAAAACCAGAAAGUGACAAUGAUGAAAGUAAUAGCGGAAAAGCGGAUGGAGUGGAGAAGAGAAUACCUCUGUCGGGGUCAAAGAGACGAAGAGGACGGCCAAGAAAAGAAGCCAGUGAGUUGACGGAUCUGAAGUGUGAUGUGUGCGUAAAAUACUUUGCGACAGCAAGUGGUCUGAAAAGGCACCUGCAGUUGCGGCACAGUGAAGACAGACCGUACAUGUGCGAUACAUGUGGCCAGUGUUUCGCCUUAAACCGAUACCUGACCCGACACAUGAAGAUUCACACAGUGGAGAGACCACAUCGCUGCACCGUAUGUGGCAAACGUUUCUUUCACAAGGAAAGCCUGAAAAAUCAUAUGGUUAAUCUUCAUACAGGGCUGAUUUUUAAAUGUGAUUUGUGUGGGAAAUGCUUGUCGACAAAAGGUCGUCUGAAACUGCAUAGGCAAAAUCACACUGGGGAAAAAUCGCAUCCGUGCAAAGAAUGUGACAAGGCUUUCUACUGCGAGUCAGACCUGACGAAGCAUACGAGGACUCACACUGGGGAGAAACCGUUUCAGUGCAAAGAAUGUGGCAAGUGCUUCGGCGAGAAGGGAAGCCUGACGAAGCAUAUGAUGACUCACACACAGGAGAAACCACAUCGCUGCAACGAAUGUGGCAGACGCUUCAAUCUCAAGGGAAACCUGACAGUGCAUAUGAGGACUCAUACGGGGGAAGGAGUUCAAUGUCAUUUGUGUGGAAUUUACUUGAAGUUAGCAGCAAGUCUGAAGAGACACCUGCGAACUCACAGAAUAAAUAUUCCCAAUGACUGAGAACACAUAACAAUGCACGUUGUGUAAAAUGUAUUGUUGGAUGGUAGAGACUAUAUCAAGAGGACACCCCUCAGGUCACGGCUCUUGGUACAGUCUGAAAUCUGGGAAUCUGUUCAAUGGCCAUUUUUACAGCACGUUAUCAAAUUCAAAUCAACUGUAUUUAUUACGCCCUUUUUACAAACGUUACUCUCUCAAGUCCAAGUUAGUUAGACAUUUUCAGAACUGAAGAAGUCUGUGAAGAUAAAUCACAUCCCACAACAUUUGUUGUGUAGAUUUAGUUAUAUGCCUUCACCCCCAAAUGAAUGGAAAAGAUAAGAAACCAAAUCGAACCAGGAAAUUUGAUGGUUCUCAGCAGGUAGCCUAGUGGUUAGGGUGUUGGGCCAGUAACCAAACGGUUGCUGGAUCAAAUCCCUGAGCUGACAAGGUAAAAAUCUGUCGUUCUGCCCCUGAACAAGGCAGUUAACCCACUGUUCCCCGCUAGGCCAUCAUUGUAAGUAAGAAUUUGUUCUUAAAACUGACUUGCCUAGUUAAAUAAAGGUUACAUUUAAACAUUUCCAUUCAUUUGGGAUUCAAAUCUAAUUUCAUUUGUCACAUGCUUCGUAAACAACAGGUGUAGACUAACAGUGAAAUUCUUACUUACAGGACCUUCCCAACAAUAUAGAGAAAUAAUAAUACACAAACAAUAACAAUAACAUGGCUAUAUACACGGGUUACCAGUACCGAGUCGAUGUGCAGGGGUUGGAUUUACACAACAGAUUGCCUGAGAUGUUGUCAUAGCUCAACAUCAUUCUUCUUUUAAAGUCUGAAAACCUAUGACAAACUUUAAUUUUCAGUGAAAUCUCCUCUUUUUAAUUUCUAAGAAAUUGAAUUUGUUAUGAUUUUUUUCUGACACAUGACAGCUACUGUCAUAUGUCUGUUAACAAAGUUCUAAUGGUGUGUGAUGUGGUGAAACUUUAUAGCAGGUUUGAAACAUGUUGUAGUUUGUUGUACAUGGUUACUUUAUGGGAAUAAAAUGGACAGAGCACAGACGAAGGACGUUUUUUCAAAAGAUAUUGUUUGUACCAGGGAGAGAUCUUUUUAUUUAUUUUUUAUUUUAUUUUUAUAUUUAACCUUUAUUUAACUAGGCAAGUCGGUUAAGAACACAUUCUUAUUUACAAUGACGGUCUACCCUGGCCAAACCCGGACGACGCUGUGCCAAUUGUGCACCGCCGAUCUAGGCCUACAUAAUCAGUAAUUAUAGUUUAUUUAAUUUUUUUAUUUUUCAACAGAAAACAUUUUCAAGGUCUCUAUUUUAACAAACUAAACACAAUUGUGAAUCUUGAGCUGCCAUUGUUGAUAAAAGUUGUUCUUUAUAAUUUUGAAAUAAACGUGUACAAUUAA